GCAGGCGUUCGCGGUGAGAGCCAGCAGCACGGUCCAUCCGGCACGCUGCCGCGCUUUGUGGAGGAGCCGGUGGAUGCGUACAUAGUCAAGAGCAACCCCAUCAAGCUGCACUGCCAGGCCCGGCCCGCCCUGCAGAUCUUCUUCAAGUGCAAUGGCGAGUGGGUCCACCAGAGCCAGCACGCGUCCCGUGAGCAUACUGACCUGGGGACAGGACUGAAGAUCCGUGAGGUGAUGAUCAACGUGUCCCGCCAGCAGGUGGAGGACUUCCACGGUCCCGAGGACUACUGGUGCCUCUGUGUUGCCUGGAGCCACCUGGGAACAUCCAAAAGCCGUAAGGCAUCCGUGCGGAUCGCCUACCUGAGGAAGAACUUUGAGCAGGACCCUCAAGGCUUGGAGGUGCCCCUGAGCGGCAUGAUCGUCUUGCAUUGUCGGCCACCAGAUGGUGUACCCGUAGCCCAGGUGGAAUGGCUGAAAAACGACGAGCUUUUGAGCACCGGUGGCGGCGUGACAGACCCCAAAGGCGACCACCGUCUGGUCAUCCCUCAGGCGCAACUCUCCGAUUCAGGAAACUACACCUGUGUCGCCAGCAACAUCGUGGCCAAGCGGCGCAGCUCCACAGCUGCCGUCGUCGUCUUUGUGAAUGGCGGCUGGUCAUUAUGGAGCGACUGGUCACCCUGCAACGUGCGUUGCGGUCGUGGCGUCCACAAGCGCACGCGCACGUGCACCAACCCGGCGCCGCUCAACGGCGGCUCCUUCUGCGACGGCGUCUCGGUGCAGAAGAGCGCCUGCAAUUCGCCGUGUCCCGUGGACGGCGGCUGGGGCGCUUGGACCGAAUGGUCGGCGUGCGGUGGCAACUGCGAGAGGAGGCGGAGCCGCGAAUGCACGGCGCCCGAACCCAAGCACGGCGGGCGGCUGUGCGACGGCGUGACGCUGGCUACUGACAACUGCACAGGAGGCCUCUGCACACAAAAUGGAAAAUUGCUGCGUGAUGCCAAACCACAAGGUGUGGUGGAGAGCGGCGUCGAUGGCAUUGGCGGGGGCGACGUGGCGCUCUACUCCGGCCUGGUGGCCGGCGCGGCGACGGUGGCGCUGCUGAUCGUGGGCGUCACCAUGUACCGCCGCAGCCGCAGCGACUACGGCGUGGACGUCAUCGACUCGUCCGCCCUCGCCGGAGGUUUCCAGUCCUUCAACUUCAAGACAUCGCGACAAGGCAACCCUCUGCUGAUCCGCUCGUCGCUGCAGCCCGACCUGAGCGUGUCUCGCACGUACACCAGCCCCAUGUGCUUCCACGACGCCAUGGACAAGGAGCUCCUGGACCCCCUGCCCGAUCUCAAGGUCAAAGGGAUCACAGAGGGUUCAGACUACCACCCUCAGACGUUUCCGAGGGGCCUGUCACCGGAUUACCGGGGCGUCGUGGUGGGCGCCACGUUGGGCCGAGGAGAGAGGAACCUCCUUGGUCCGCAGGGGGUGCCGGCACCUGUCGUCAGGCCGCGGCACAAAGCCACGGCUGUGUUGGGUCACGCAGGAGGACGCCUGGUGGUGCCAAACACAGGCGUGAGUCUGCUGGUGCCCGUUGGGGGGAUCGCUCAGGACACCACGUGGGAGACAACGGUUAUCGUCAACCAGGAGGACAGCAGCUCGGCGUUGGGCGAAGGAUCGGAGAUCUUCCUGAGUCCCGCCGUCACGUACGGCCCGCCGGGGCUGGAGCUGUCGUGCCCCGUGGUGCUGACCAUGGCACACUGCUGUGAGGCGGCCGCCGACCACUGGAUCACACGGCUCAAGAGGCAGACGCAGGAUCGCAAGUGGGAGGAAGUGAUGUGCGUGCAGGAGCCGUGCACUUCCUGUUACUGCCUCCUGGAAGCGCAGCGCUGCCACGUGCUGCUGGAGCGGCCCGGUCGCUACGCCCUGGUGGGCGAGCCGCGACGACCGGACGCCGCCAAGCGCCUGCGACUGGCCGCCUUCGGAAGCCCCGACACCGCCAACCCAAGGGGCUUCAUCCUCAGGGUCUACUGUGUGGACGACACGCCGCACGCUUUCCAGGAGGUGACGGCAGGCGAACGCGUCCGAGGCGGACGCCUGCUGGAGGAGCCGAAAGUGUUGUCCUUCCGCGGGAACGCACUCAGCCUGCAGGUGAACAUCCAGGACGUCCCGCAGAUGCUGUGGAACAUCAAGCCUUUCACCACCUGCCAGGAGUUCUCCUUCUGCCAGGUGUGGUGGGGCAAACAGCGCGCCCUGCAGUGUGCCUUCUCCCUGGAGCGGAUCAGCGCCGCCUCCUCUUCCUCCUUCUCCCCAUCUCCUCUCUCGUGUAAGAUCAGCGUGCGUCAAGUUCAAGGUGAAGAGCAAAUCCUGCAGAUCUACACAACAGCGCAGCCCGAGAACCCAAAGAUACCGGUCCCGUUCUCUUCCGAGUCUGACUGCUCCAUCGCCUCCCAGGCGGGAUCACGGGCCUUCAAGAUCCCACUCUCCAUUCGCCAGAGAAUCAGCGCCACAUUUGAUGGCGCCAAAGGCAAGGACUGGCGCCUCCUAGCCAAGAAGCUGCACGUGGACAGGAACUUGGGCUACUUCGCCCACCAUGAAAGCCCCGCUUCGGUAAUCCUGAGCCUGUGGGAGGCGCAGCAACAGGACUUGGCCGACCUGGACUCCCUGGCCAAUGCUCUGGAGGAGAUCGGCCAGGUGCAGUCGCCCACCGGAAGUGCGGGCAACGAUAUGCGGGGUUCCCUAAACUCGGCGAGGACUGCAGAUUGAAGUCCCAGACAACUGCAUGAACGCUGAUGAGCAGACACUAGCAGGGACUUCCCGGAUAAUACGGAAGCUUCUUUCUGACAGGAACAAUGGUCAAGGUGAGGUUUGUGUUGUCGGGAGGGAUCGUCCACAACGAGCGUCUAUCUUGGAGAUCGGACUUCUUGUUCCUUUUCGUGUGUGCGCGCCAAACAUUUAGUGUGCCGUCAUGUUGUCAUUUUUUGCUUUUUGCGUCGUGUCUUUAACUGUGCGAAAAGUGGAGGUAAUAGCAAAUGAGAAAUGUUGGAGACUUAAUGCUACAGGUGCCAAAAAAAAAAAAAAAAGUUAGCAUGAGGACGAUUUUUUUUUGCGUGACAACCUCAGAAGAGUAGGUACCUCGGACCACAAACUGGUCCACUCGCUCCCAACUGAAUAAAGUGGCUUUGUGUCCAA